AAAUUGCCUGUAGCUGUUCACCUCAUCUCUUCCAUUAGCGCUCACCUCGUCAGAUAAAAUUCGAAGUUCAGAAGAAAAAGAAUGAAAGCAUCAUCCAUAAUGUGAUAAGCCGUGCUUUGCAGUGAAUGAAUCUUCAGAAAUAAUGACGGCUAUCGACAUUCUCUCGCCGCCUCAGCUUCACAUAUCUAAGUCCUACUCCCAACACCGUCUUGGAACAUCCAAAGUAUUGAAUUUCAAUCGAAAUGCUCGAGCUCAAGUUCUCUUCCUCCGCCGGUCGUUCAGAGUAUUGUGCAAAUCGCAUUCGAUAUCCUCCUUACCAUCCGGUAAGGACAGCGACACCACCGGGGAAGAUUUUGUAAGCAGGGUUUUGAAGGAGAACCCAAGCCAAGUGGAACCCAAGUAUCUCAUCGGUGACAAAUUUUAUACUUCGAAAGAAAAAGAGAUACUGAGUAAAAAAUUGAAUACGGGCUUUUUAGAAAAUUUGGCAAAGAGGCUGAACUUGAAGACCCAGAAAGAGGAAGAAGCCAGUGAGGUCCAAAAUCAGGCUAUGUCGGGGACGGAUUCUGUUUACUUGAAAGACUUACUUAGGGAGUAUAAAGGAAAACUCUAUGUGCCCGAGCAAGUUUUUGGAAAGAAGUUAUCAGAAGAGGAAGAGUUCGACCAGAAUUUACAGUCAUCACCGAGAAUGAGCAUUGAGGAGUUUCGGAAGUAUAUGGAUAGCGAUAAAAUCAAGUUGCUGUCUUCGAAGGAAGAUGCGAGUUUGUUUUACGGCAAUGGCUGUCGGGAUUUUAUUGUAGAUUUGAAAGAAAUUCCCGGUGACAAGAGCUUGCAUAGAACCAAAUGGGCUCUCAGGCUGGAUAGCGAUGAAGCGCAAGCAAUUUUGGAGGAGUACACUGGACCACGAUAUGAGAUAGAGAAGCGUACAACGUCUUGGGUGGGAAAAAUGCCCGAGUACCCUCAUCCAGUUGCAUCUUCCAUAUCUAGCCGAAUGGUGGCUGAGCUUGCAGUGGUCACAGUAGCGGUGGGUACUGCAGCACUCCUAGUUGGUGGUUUUCUUGCAUCAGCAGUAUUUGCCGUUACAAGCUUUGUAUUCGUGACAUCCGUCUAUGUUGUGUGGCCUAUAGUCAAGCCAUUUCUCAAGCUUUUUCUUGGAGUAGUUUUUGCUAUCUCGGAGAGGAUUUGGGAUAACAUCGUUGAUUUCUUCAGUGACGGUGGCAUUUACUCUAAGUUCUAUGAACUUUACACUUUUGGCGGUAUAUCAUCAACACUUGAUGUGCUGAAACCAAUUAUGCUUGUACUUUUGACUAUGGUACUUCUUGUUCGAUUCACACUUUCAAGAAGACCUAAGAACUUCAGGAAAUGGGAUCUUUGGCAGGGAAUUGAUUUCUCACGAUCAAAAGCUGAAGCUCGAGUUGAUGGUUCAACGGGAGUUAAGUUUGCUGAUGUAGCAGGAAUAGAUGAAGCCGUAGAGGAACUUCAAGAGUUGGUGAGAUACUUGAAGAAUCCAGAGUUAUUUGAUAAAAUGGGAAUCAAACCUCCCCAUGGCGUUCUUCUGGAAGGCCCUCCUGGAUGUGGCAAGACUUUGGUUGCCAAGGCCAUAGCUGGUGAAGCUGGUGUUCCAUUUUACCAAAUGGCUGGCUCUGAAUUUGUGGAAGUUUUAGUCGGUGUUGGUUCUGCACGUAUUAGGGAUUUAUUUAAAAGAGCCAAGGUAAACAAACCGUCGGUUAUAUUUAUAGAUGAAAUUGAUGCAUUGGCUACUAGGCGUCAAGGAAUCUUCAAGGAUACCACAGAUCACUUAUAUAAUGCAGCAACUCAGGAGAGAGAAACUACCCUGAACCAACUGUUGAUAGAACUUGAUGGUUUUGAUACGGGAAAAGGUGUCAUAUUUCUAGCCGCUACAAAUCGUAGGGAUUUGCUGGAUCCUGCACUUCUUCGACCAGGUCGCUUUGAUCGCAAGAUCAGGAUACGUCCUCCAAAUGCAAAAGGGAGACUAGAGAUUUUGAAAAUUCAUUCUAGCAAAGUAAAAAUGUCAGAUUCUGUAGAUUUAUCCAGCUGUGCACAGAAUCUUCCUGGAUGGACUGGAGCAAGAUUGGCUCAAUUGGUCCAAGAGGCUGCUCUUGUGGCUGUCAGGAAAGGGCAUGAUUCAAUUCUUCAGUCAGACAUGGAUGAUGCUGUUGACAGGCUUACAGUAGGGCCCAAACGGGUAGGAAUAGAGUUAGGUCACCAAGGGCAGUGUCGUAGAGCUACAACUGAAGUGGGAGUUGCAUUAACUUCUCAUCUGCUAAGGCACUAUGAGAAUGCAAAAGUUGAAUGCUGUGAUCGCAUUUCCAUAGUACCUCGUGGUCAGACACUAUCUCAAUUGGUAUUUCAUCGACUUGAUGAUGAAUCAUACACAUUUGAGCGCAAACCUCAAUUAUUGCAUCGUCUUCAGGUUUUGCUUGGAGGGAGAGCUGCCGAGGAGGUCAUUUAUGGACGUGACACAUCUACUGCCUCAGUUGACUACCUUUCAGAUGCAUCCUGGCUUGCUCGUAAAAUAUUAACCAUAUGGAAUUUGGAGAACCCAAUGGUUAUACAUGGAGAACCCCCGCCUUGGAGGAAGAAAGUUAAAUUUAUUGGGCCAAGGCUGGAUUUUGAAGGUUCGCUUUAUGAUGACUAUGACUUGAUCGAACGCCCACUGAAUUUCAAGUUGGAUGAUGAAGUUGCAAGGAGGACAGAAGAGUUGAUACAUGACAUGUAUGGAAGGACAGUAUCCCUUCUUAGGAGGCAUCACGCUGCUUUAUUCAAAGCUAUAAAGGUUCUGCUCAAUCAGAAGGAGAUCAGUGGUGAAGAAAUAGACUUCAUUUUGAGCAAAUACCCCCCAGAAACGCCUUUAAAUCUUCUUUUGGAAGAGGAAAAUCCUGGGAGCCUCCCUUUCUUCGAAGAACCAACGCGUGAUUUGGAGUAUGCAUUACAAAGUCAAUCAAAGGAAGAAGCCACGUGACUUUUGAAAACCCCUCGGGAAAUUUAGGUUUUACGCUCUAGUCGUUCAGAAGUUGAGCUUUCGCUGCUUUAGCAUCUUGGGCAUGAGUCUUCCAUGGAUAUGUGUGAAGUGUUGCCUAAAAUUUUGUUCGUGCCAUGAGUUUGAAACACCGUGCUUUAUUGGAACUUGAUUCAUAUGCA